GUGGGCGUUGACAAACACUAAACAUGGCGACUGCUGCAGAGAAAUUUAGAAUCGUUUAUGGAGACAUUACAAACGUAUUGUCUGUUGGACGCGAGUCCUGCCUGAUUGCCACUAACCGUUUUUAUUCAAAGAAGCUAAUAGGAGAGCCACUGAGGAGAGAGAUAUGUAGUAACAGUGGAGUGACUGCAGUGAACCUGCUCUUGGAUGGCUUACAUGCUGCUAUUGAAAGAGAUCCUAAGUAUUUAGUUGAUGUCGUGGAAGUUUUAAGUGAAGAUCACCCAUCACUGUGUGUUGCAUUUAAAAAGAUGAACGAAGAAGAAGGCAGUAAUCCAGUUAGACUACCUGUUAGCGUGGCAAUAUCCACAGCAUCAUGUUCAACCGAACCUCAAAUUCAGCCUAAUGAAGUUGUAUCACUGCUGGAAGAUAAAGUCCAGUCUAAUCCUGAUGCUGUCUUAGCUGUGAAUGACCUGAGCAGCAAAUUUGAUAGUCUCUAUACUCUUGCCUCUUCAUCUUUACAGCAUAUCAAACUUGAAGACCUAAAAGUUCCGCUGGAAUCAAAGCUCUCUCGUACAUCAAAAGAGGUCAAAGAUCGUUUUUGUCCACUUCUGAAAGGUGUUACAAGCACUCCUCAGUUUUUUAGUUUUCUAUUAGAGCACAAGUUUUGUGGUUUCCUCAACUUUAAUCUUCUUUCUAUUUUCACCAAGCGAUUUGGUUCUGAGUCCCUCAAGCAAGAAAUGUCCCAAUACGAAGCCUCUUAUCGAUCAUUCUCGAAAGCAAUAAAAAUGAAAGAUCUUUUAGACUCGAUCCUCAAUAAUCCGUCUAUUUCCAAACCACUUGCUCCCAUUGGACUACCAAUGAUUGAGAAUGUGCUAGAAGAGUCGUGGUACUCUCGUUCCUACAGUAGUUUCCUUGAGGUGAUGAGUAGCAUUUAUACUUGGUUUGGGUCCGGCAGCAUGAUGUUUAGUGAUAUAAGGAAGAACUGUAUCAUUGUCAAUUAUGGGCUGUUUGGUGAAGAAGGUUUAGAGGUUGUUUCAGAGGAUGUCACUUCACCAGAGAAGAGGCUGUUAUUAAAGGAAUGUGGCAUUACAGUUGCUCUACACACUGGAGCUAAAAGCAAAUUAGAUGAAAAGCAAAGCAAAUCUCGUUUACAUAAAUUUGAGGAAUCUGUCACUUGUCCUUUGUGUAAGGAGCUAUUCAAGGAUCCUAAAGUUCUCUCUUGUCAUCAUUCAUUUUGUCUUGACUGUCUACAACGAGUGAAUAAAACUGAAGAAGGUUCUAUUUUGUGUCCAGUUUGCCGAAAAGGAGAAAAGCUACCACAGGAAGGAGUACGAGGUCUUCCAGCAGCACAUCACCUCACGUCAAUAAUAGAAGUAGCUCAAAUGCUCAAUAUUAAAGAUCCCAGUACAGAAUUAGCCUCUAGUAAAGAGUGCAGUAGUGAUGACUGUGAGAAAGCCCCAGUUGCAUGGUGCGCCAAUGAAUGUGGAUACUUGUGUGAGAAAUGCAUGAAAGGUCACAGUAAAAUGAGAAUCACAAAAAAUCACGAUGUGCGAUUGAUAAAAGAGUUGCAGAAGGAACAGGACAUUCCUUUAUAUUGUAAGCACCACAAGAAGCAGUAUAGGCAGUAUUACUGCAUGGAUUGCAAUGAUAUGGUCUGUCCUGAGUGCCUCCAAUACUGCUGUGACUGCCAGAAGCUUAUUUGUGAUGGCUGUCUAAAAGAGCAUGGAUAUCCAGAUGACCCUGAAGACUCCUCAAUGAUAAGAAAAGGCGGUUUACACAGUGUUCACUUCUUAAAGAAUCUUAUCAAGCAUGGGAAAGCAAGGGAAGUGGAGCUGGAGAAGGAAGAGAGUGAGCUGAAAUCGCUCGAUGAAGCUUUGAAGCUUUAUGUUAUCAAUCUUAAGAGCAGCAUAGAGAAAAUGGGAAAGAACUGGAGCAACAGGAUAAGCUCAAGGCGCGACGAUUGCAAGAAAGGGAGAGAAGAAUUGGGAGCAGCUGGGCAGACUGCGAAUCACUUUAUAAGUGGUGAUAGAAUAGUAUCUUCACCUGAACGAACGUUUCAAGUACUUAUGGAGUACAGCAGCAGCAGUGCAGCUACUGCCAGUAAUGAUACGAAUGAUUCGAACAAUAGUGAAGGCAGUUUUCCCUCGCAGCAACAACAAGGGGUGAGUAAAAUGUGGCUUUAUUGGCCAUCGAGUGAGUCUCAGUCCCUGGAAAUGAUAGAGAAGAUACAGCCACAUCAUAUAAAAGUUACGUUUCCAGUUAAUCCUUUUCGAGCGUCGAAAGAUAACUGGUUCCACGUAAGCCUUAAUAACCUCUUGCCAGUCAGGCCUUCCGGUAAUCCUCUUCUACCUGUCGUUAGCAUUAAGGGUGUUUUAACCAGCUCAAAUUAUUCCCCAAGCAUUAAACUGGUUGGUAAUAUGACAUGGUUUGUGUUGUUCAAUGCAAAUGAGAGCAAGAUUGAAGUUGAUGUUUCUAUUGAUGGAGUUCAUCCUCAAGGAAGCCCAUUCUCUUUUCAUGCUGACCCAGAUAAUAUUAACGAGGAUGUUGGGGAUACUAGUGUGAAUAACGAUGCAGAGGUAAAAUAUGAGAAAAGUAUCAGUAUUUCUCAAAACUAGUCGGGUUCAUUUUUUAUUUUUUAUACUAUGCACUUUUCUCUAUAAUACUAAUACAAUAGGGUGGUCAUUAAUAGUAAAUUUUAAUGUACGUGUAUUUUGUCAUGAAAUCAUCCUUUUACUAAUCAUAAUGUUAAAAAUACAA